UCGUGUUUGUGAACAUAGUUUACACUGGCAGAUUAGUCAGCUGUGUCAACAAACUCGGGGAUAAACAUUUAGAAUGGACGUCUGACUUUAUAACACAUAUUUGUCAUAUCUCGAUGCUUUUAAAAAGAAGUUUGGGAAGAAAUGAAAUUAAAGAAGUGGCUGCCUGGAGGAGAAAAAGUGCGUGUAGCUAGUGGUAGCUAACUGUAAACUGGGAUGCUAUUGUUACCAUGAGCUAACAUGAGCUAACGGUAACGGUAUGCGAACAGCAGCAGUCGCUGGGUGCUGCUUCCUCUUCUGCCUUAACCAUCAACACAGCGAUUUGACUGAUUACCAGCUAGUAAGUUAGCUUGAUAAUCUCAACCAAGACACUUGUUUCAAUUUUUUACGUGCCUUUUACUUCCUGGUACUCCAGUAUGGGGAUGUGCUUACCGUGCCUUGGUGGAGCAGCGGACGACGUUGUUGUCACACCAGAUCCAGACGCAAGGAGACGACAAUUGGCUGAGGCUGCUGAGAAAAGACAGAAAGAGACAACAUACAGGGGGGUUAAAAAUCCAGAAGCAGUCGAGAGAAAAAAGAAGAAACAGGAAGAGAUGGAAAAACAGGAGAUGACCGGCUCUGUGUCUGGAGGCGGCGGGUUGAGGUGGCAGGUGGGCUGAAAAUCAAGAUGAAGUCAAAAACAAAGUGAAGAAUUGAAGCAAGACAACUUGAAAGAUGUUUGAACUGCUGUCGGUUUUUUUUUUUUUUUGUUGCUUUUUUUUUUUUUUUUUUUUUUUUUGUUGCUUUUCUUUUGAUAUUAUUAUUAUUAUUAUUAUUAUUAUUAUUAUGAGACACGUGGCUACAGGUGUCAUGCUUUAUGCAAAACAAUCUGAAGUGAUUACAGACAGAACAGCAGGAAAACCCUCUUGUUGCCAAGUUAUACAAGCCAGCACAGGCGUUUGGACGGGGAUAACAGACACGUGCAAGUAGAUACAGGUCAUACUGUAUUAGUUUUAUUUAAAAAUAAAUAUGACAGUCUUACAGUGAUCACCAUUAGAUAACACUAAAUAAUAUGAUGAUUGAGUCCAGCUUUAACUCUGCUGGCUGUUGUCAUAUUAAGACAAAGCUGUCAUUAACCACUUUUUAGCUUUUUCACUUCACUGCUUUUAGUUUUCACUGUGGAGGAUUUGUAAAUCCACAUUGUCUGCACUGCUUUUUGUACGACUUUUUUUAACAACCUGUCAAGGAAAAACACAGUUUAUGUUUACAAACUUGAAAGUGUGCUUAUGAAGGUGUUUCAUACAAUUAAACAAGGACCCAGUUAACAUGUAUUCAACCUAAUUGAGGGCUCUAUUUAUGGGCAACAUAAAGAAUUGUGCAAGAAAGGUUAUAACGUAUUUACCACCCGGUGGAUGGUUCUGUGAUCAGUGCAGUGCUCGUGUCACAUGGGAAUCCCAAUGAGGCAUUAUGCUGAGGACAUGUUUGAUAACCAGGUCUGAACUCAAUGCAACAUCACUGAGUUGGUGAUUCGGUCAGGAAGUACAAACUUCAUACCUUGGUGAUAAAAUAUACAGCAGCUUCCAAAUGUUGCUGCUGUUAAUAACCCUGUGCACAAGUCUUUGGUAUAAAUCAUUUAAUAGAGCCCUUUUAGUUUUUGCUCUGCACAAUUGUGUUGCAUUGAAUUACAAUGUGUGCAAACCACUGAUGUGAUGCCUGCUUAUUUAUAUGAUAUGAUAUGUGUUUGUGACAAACAAGCUUUUGUAAGACAUCUAUUUGCACACAGUGGGUGUGGGCAGCAAACAUGCUUUCUAACACUAUGCUGGAGAUAGAAAUGUCAGCUGUUAUAGAAACGGGAGAAACCUUUGGUAGGAAAAACAAGUGAAGUAUGUAUGGUACACAGGGAAGUAUUUACUUUGACGUGCUUAACUAAGUGCAUUUCUUAAAGCCUUUACUUGAUCCUUAAAGGCUUCUGGUGCUCCUACCAUUUUGUAGAACAGCACAUAUAGCCAAUGUUAUUUGCUACAAUAAAUUACAUUUCUGCUA